AUGUGUAUGCAUAUUGCUGAUUCGCUUUGUUGUGCAACAGAAACUAACACGGUAUUGUGAAGCAAUUAUACUCCAAUAAAGAGCUAUUAAAAAAUAAUAAAAAUAAAAUAAAAUAGGGAGAAGGUGAAACAAAUGUAAUCACACGCACCCUUAAAAGUGGAAGAGGAGAGCAGAAGAGUCAGUCAGAGAGAUUAAAAAAAAAAAAAAAACAGGAGUUGGGCAGUUCCAGAAAUCUCUUUCAAGAUUCAGAUGACAGGGUGAGACUGUCUGACUGCUUUCUUGGGUCUCGUGCCCACUUUGGGGCCAGAGUACAUUGAGAAGGGGGUAAUUCUCUAAGGCAGAAUCUGGGUGUUGCUAAAUGGGGAGCUGGGGAGAGGGCUGCUGGGAGUCAAUCAGCAAGGGCCGUAUAAAUGGCCUUAAGCUUCGAGGUUUCUUUCUGCAGAUAGUUGCUAUGACUGAUACCACAGACUAAGGGUUAGAUGUCUGGACCCGGAGGCAAUACUGUAAAGGCCAGAUGAGUUGGAGAGUCAAUAGUCUUGCGUUCAGUAUUGGGUGGUGACAACCCCAUUGGAUCGUCUCUUUUGGGGGAUGAGCUAUAGAUAGAUGCAAGGUACACCCAGUGGAUAGAUAAGUGGAACUCGUAGUAUGUCCUGAAGGAUACUGGCCCAGUGUCCAACUUUGGGAAGUACUGAGCUUCGAGGUACAGGUCUACUUUUGUGUCCUUGCAGUUGGCCCCAUGACUUAACAUCAUGCAGUGUGUGUCCUGAUAAAAUAAGAGCCUGCCAGCCCACAUGUUUUGGACUUUGGGCCCCUUGAGAGUUUGAACCCUCAGCAGGGCCAGAUUAUUUAUCUGCACAUUGUAAGUCCCUCAUCAAUAUUGAAAGUCUACUAGCUCACAUUGGUCUUGCUGCUUCCAAACAGAUCUUGACUAAUGCUAACAGUUCCCUCUAAGGGAUGCUGAUGUGCUGAGAAGGUGCAGAGCUGACUGGAGGUUGUACUGACAUGCCGAGCACUGAGAUGAAGGGUGCUUUCUAGUGUGAGGUUCUAUGCGGCGUGUUUUACAUGUAGUUUUUUUAAUUAAUUUUUAUUAGAGUAUAGUUGAUUUACAAUGUUGUGUUAGUUUCUGCUGUACAGCAAAGCGAAUCAGUUAUACAUAUACUUAUAUCCACUCUUUUAGAUUCUUUUCCCUUAUAGGUCAUUACAGAGUAUUUUUAUCCGUACUGUCAUUAUCUCACUUUGCUUAAGAGGAAAUUUCAUCUGGGGAAGUUAGCUGAAUUGCUCAAGGUCACCAAGUUAAUAUGUUGGUAAGUUUAGGAUGCCCACUCAAUUCCCCAGGUCAACCACUCAGCUGCCCUAAAUGUACUGCUCUAAAUGUACUCCAGUCUGACUCUGGAAAGAAACCUGGAAUGGGACCCUCGUGCCUUUGUGCUUUGAAGGAAUCAAUUCCUGCCUUUUCUUAGAAAGGAAAAUAUUAAGUACAGUUGUCUUUUACUGACGGUUAGAUUACCCAAUGGUGUGAGCUUUACAUACCUAGUUAGACCUUUCCAGAAACAGGAGGUAAUUUCAAAACACUGUGUUUGCCAGUCUGUUUCAAAAGGCCCACUGAUUCUUGUAAAUAUUUUGUUUCAGGAUAGUAGCUGUUAAGUGCAUGGAGUUUGCCUUUGGGAACCUCAAUUCGGAUCCUGUCUCUUCCACUAAUUGGCUAUGUCUCUGGACAAGUUUUUGUUUAUUUUAUUUAUUUAUUUUUAAGAUUUUUCUUUUUUUGAUGUGGACCAUCUUUAAAGUCUUUAUUGAAUUUGUUACAAUACUGCUUCUGUUUUAUGUUUUGGUUUUUUGGCCGUGAGGCAUGUGGGAUCUUAGCUCCCGGACCAGGGAUCGAACCCACACCCCCUGCAUUGGAAGGUGAAGUCUUAACCACUGGACCGCCAGGGAAGUCCCUGGACAAGUUUUCUGAACACCUCUGAGCUCUGGCUUCCUGCACCUACCUCAGAGAAUUGUUGUGAGGCUUGAGGUCAUGCAUCUGCAGUGUCCAGCAGGUGGGAAGUGGACUAUAAUAAAAAUGUAGGUUGCCUGGAGCACAGGGUUGUUGACGCUCCAGGGGUCUCAGAAUCUACAGGGAACCACAGUGUGUUUACUAACCUCUGGCUUUGACCAAAGUAGAAGCUGACCAGAGAUGAUCUUUAACAUUUUCUUAGAGGAUUAUUCACCAUAAACUGUUUAUUUAUCUAAAUAAAUGUAAAGCUUCCUAUUCAUAGGCACAUGUUGUUUUGGAAUAAAAUAAAUGACCACAGUACUUAACUUCCAGGUCAGUGUCUACAAGGAUCCCUUGUAGGUAAGGAUGUUCUUUUCCCACCUGGCAGCUGGGGAGUCCAGAGCCUCUGGGAGAGGGGGUGGGACAGCAUGAAGCCUACAGGGGGCGAGUGCACUGAACUGGGAAACUCAAGACUCUGAUUGUGGAGUAGGGAGCUUCCUUCCUGUGAUCAGCUUCCCUGGGGGUGCUGCUUUUCCCACCCUUGCUAUUAUCAGCCAUGUGCAAGUUAGCCAACCCCAGCAUGCUGAUCCUGUAUGUGAGCAGUGUUGGCUUACGGUGCUGUGACCAGAACUGGAGCUUAGCAUUGUAAUUUGUAAACUCUACUAGGGUAGACAAAAUGGGACCGGCUCCAAAUUUUUGAACAGGGAGCAUAGUGGGUCACAACUUGAGGGCUUAACCGUGUGCCAGCACUAGUCUAGGCACUGUAUUUAUAUGAGUUCAUUUAAUUUUUUUCAGUAACUAUGCAAUAGUAUUGCCUAUACCCAAACCCAUCAGAGUGUUUACAAACUACAGUCCCUGCCCAUUUCACUGAGUGGGACAGUGGGGCCCAGGUGACUCGCCCUUGGAUUCAGUAAGAUUGCUUGAACUAGUUUGAGAAAGUUUCUAUUCUUUGCAACCAGACAUCCCUGAUGAAGACAACUACGAGUGAGAAGGGUUAACUGACAGUUGCUAACUAAACCCCUUCCUCCCUGAGCUAUAGGAAGCAGUUAAGAGUACACUAAAAAUUGGAAUGGAAAUAAUACGUAUAUUAUGUGAAUAAAGUAGCUUUGAGAUUUUUUUUUUUAGUUUAGGUUUACAGUAAAACCUAAACUGCAACAGACCUUUACUUAAAAGCCGUACAUAUGCAGCAUAGUUGUAAAGAGUCCUUUUUAUGCCUCUAUCACUGGCUAGCUCUGAGGUCUUGAGCAUACUACCUCACCACUCUGAGCCUCUGUAUCGUCAUCAGUUGUAACAGUGGUACCUACAGUAAAGGACAUUUGACUUUUAGCCACUCGGCAUCUCUCCUCCUCCCCUCUUGUAACAGAGCCAUAAUUACCUUUUGGGGAAUUACUUUCACCCUUUAAGUGCAGUCUUGGUGGAACUGUUAAUAAAGUUGGUCUAACCACUGGUCCCAACCACUGCGCCUCCUCUAGCCAAAAGACAGGCAUGUUCUCUCUGGGAAUUUGAGUCUUGAAUUAUGCAAGGGUUGAUAAAAAUUUUUUGGUUGAAGCUGUGAGUCUCAGGAAAGGUACAAGUAACAGAAAACCCAAUUUAGAGUAGUUUAAUCAGAUAGAGUCUGGUUUCCUUGCAUAAACAAUCUGGAGGUGGGCAGCCACUAGCGUUGUUUUAGCUGCUCAGUGAUGUCUGGGCUGGGAUAUUUGUGCUAUUUUUGGUCUUUCCCUCCUGAUCACAAAGUGACUGCAGAAGUGUCAGCAUUGCAUCUGGGUUCUAGGCAGGCAAAGGAGAUGAGGCGAAAGCUUCAGUUGUUUCUGUCCCUCUUAUAAGGAAAGUGCAAUCUUUCCCAGAAAGCUCCCAGGUACCUUCUUCAUGUCUUCGGAAUAGAACUGUGUCUCAUGGCUACUCCUACCUGCACGGGGGCUGGCACAGUUUCCAGCCUCUGUAGGGGAAGGCAACGAGGGAAAAGGGUUUAAAACAGUCAUUGAGAAUAGCCAGCCAAUAGCAUCUACCACCCCAUUGGCCACACUGAACAGGCUACUGAUUCCUUCCUCCUACCUGGUCUCUGCACCUUCUAAACCUAAUUCUUUUUUUUUUUAAAUAAAUUUAUUUAUAUUUGGCUGUGUUGGGUCUUUAUUGCUGUGCGCGGGCUUUCUCUAGUUGAGGUGAGCGGGCGCUACUCUUCGUGGUGGUGCGAGGGCUUCUCAUUGCGGUGGUUUCUCUUGUUGUGGAGCACGGGCUCUAGGCGCAUGGGCUGUAGUAGUUGUGGCUUGCGGGCUCAGUAGUUGUGGCUUGCAAGCUCUAGAGCUCAGGCUCAGUAGUUGAGGCACCCGGGCUUAGCUGCUCCGGGGCAUGUGGAAUCUUCCUGGAACAGGGCUUGAACCCAUGUACCCUGCACUGGCAGGCAGAUUCCCAACCACUGCACCACCAGGGAAGCCCUAAACCUAAUUCUUAAGCUUUUAAUUCCAUGAGCUGUCUCACAGACCUCUGUGUAAAUCCUCAGUAUCAACCUCUGUUGCUUGUGAACAGAAAAUUCUGACAGACCUACCCCUGUAAGUGUUACUGUCAGGAUACAUGAAAACACAGUAAGUGGACAGUAAGUGUUAGUGACAAUUAUUUCACCCAAGCUUGCAUAGCUGGUUCAUGCUGGUUGAUGGGACUUAGACUCAGCUCUUAUCUUCCAAACCCCUGUACUCUCCAUGCCAGGGAAUCUACCUCCCAGGCUUCAGUUUAUUAAAAACUGUACUUACUCUGCAAAUGCAGAGGAACACAUCCACCAAGAGAAACAAGAAUAAGGGCUGGGCUGCAUUUUUUAGAAACUUUCUUGAAAUCGUGGAUGCUGGGAAGGGAGGUGGGAAUGCCUGCUCCCUACCCACGCCCAGGUUCAGACCAACACAAUGGUUACUUCAAAUGAGUAAUAAAGAAAAGACUGUUCCAUGCUUCCCAGAAUAGCUGGGCCCUUGAACUGUGGCACAAACAACUUCCAGUUGGAGCCAGCCCCCUGCCAGGAAGAGGACGGGAAGCCAGAGGGCAGGAAGGUGGCCUCGCCUGCGGGCUGAGAGAACAGUUGGGAGGCUGUAGCAGGGAGUGGUGAAGAGACUGAGCACUGGAGCCAGCCUGCCUGUGUGGAACACUAGCUCUGACGCUAACCAACCACAGGACCUCAGGAUCCUUGGGCUGGACCCUUGCCCUCAAGGAGCUUACAGAAGGAGAGGAAGACUGAAGAAAGUUUUCUCUCAGAGUUCUGACCAGCUCCCAGCUUCCUACUUUUGCAUGAAGUUAUGGCGGGAUGCGAGAGCAGGCGCCAGGGGUGCAAUAGCUUGGUUGUGAGGCUUGCGGAAUUUAGGGGCGGUAGGAGAAGUCGUGGGGCGGGAUCUGGAGGACCCGGACCUGUCGUCGAGGAUGUUGGCGGAGCGCCCGGAGGGGACGGGCUGCACAUCAGGGCGUACGUGCGGGAUUUCCCUUUCCAGCUACACCGCUGGCCUUUCUCACUCUAGGGGCGCGUCGGUGGGCGUGGUCAUAUUCUGGGGCGUGGCCAGCGGGGCUUUAGAAUCUUGAUUGUUUGGGGCGGGGCCGGGCGAAAGGGUGGGGGCCGCUCUCCCUCGGGGCGUGGCCUGUGGAACCUCAGAACCAGGGUGACUCGGGGCCAGGGCUCGCGUCUCCCGGCACGGGGUUCCUCCCACUCACCUUCCCGUUCAAAAGAUGCCGAAGGGGCGGCGCGGCAGCCAGAGCCCCACGAGGAGCCAGCGGCCGGCCCCGCCCCUCUACUUCCCGUCCCUCUAUGACCGCGGCAUCUCCUCGUCCCCGCUCAGCGACUUCAACAUCUGGAAGAAGCUCUUCGUGCCGCUGAAGGCGGGAGGGGCGCCGGCGGGCGGGGCGACUGGGAGCCAGCCUCUGCCCCAGGCGCACCCUGCCCCAGCGCCCCUGCCGCCACCGCCGCCUGGCCUGGGUUCCCCCAGUGAGCGCCCCUGUCCCCCGCCCUGGCCCUCCGGCCUGGCCUCCAUCCCCUACGAGCCUCUGCGCUUCUUCUACUCGCCACAGCCGGGGCCCGAGGUGUCUGUCUCGCCCCUGGCCCCCGGCCCCACGACCCCCCGGCUAGCCUCUGCCUCCCAUCCCGAGGAGUUGUGCGAGCUGGAGAUCCGGAUUAAGGAGCUGGAGCUGCUCACCAUCACUGGGGACGGCUUCGACUCCCAGCGCUAUAAAUUCUUGAAAGCGCUGAAAGAUGAAAAGUUACAAGGCCUGAAGAUGAGGCAGCCUGGAAAGAAGUCGGCCUCUCUCUCCUGAGGAGCUGCCCACCAGAGCCUCAGCAGCGGCCUCCUUAGGUGUUAGUGCUUAGAUAAUGUGCCCCAUUUGUUGUCAUUUCAAAGAUCGUUAUUUUUUGUUCUGUAUUUACUGCUGUUCUUGUUGAUCCCAGCACAUACUCUACAUACAGUGCCCACUUGAGUGGUAAA